AAUGAAAAUGUAUAAAAAUGUUGCAUAAACCGACAUGCAAGGCGCAAAACAUGGGUUUUCAAAUUUCACAAACAUUCUCUCAAAAUUCAAAACCCCCAAAUGUUGAUCCAACACCCCAAAAGAAAAACCUCAAUCGCUAAAUUGUAUAUUGUAGAUUAUUUUUGUUUACAGAUAGCAAUGGAGAUUGUCUCUACCUCAAUUGCCUCUUGUCCAAACGAGCAUCGGAAAAUCUAUCAACAAUGGUUCGACUACAUCGAUUCAGAUGAUGAUGGUCGGAUAACAGGAAUUGAAGCAUCAGAAUUUUUAGCUAUGUCAAAGUUAGCAAAGCAUGACCUUAAGCAGGUUUGGGCCAUUGCAGACUCUAAGAGGCAAGGUUUUUUAUGUUUUAAAGAGUUCAUCACUGCUAUGCAGUUGGUGACUCUAGCACAAGCAGGACAUGAUCUAAGUAUAGAUUUAUUGAGAAACACAGAUGUGGAACGUUUGGAACUUCCAUCGAUAGAAGGGUUGGGUCAGUUUCUUGCGAAGCGUAAUGCUUCAAGAAAUGAUGCUGGAGCUGAAUCAAAUGGCACUCCUCCAUUUUCAAGUAUCCCAAAGCUUAACACUUUUUUUUCUUCAAAAUCUACUAAGAAGACAGCACUUAAUGAUGUGACAUCAAUAGUUGACGGAUUAAAGAAAUUGUAUAAUGAAAAGCUAAAGCCAUUGGAAAUUGCUUACCAAUACAAUGACUUUGCAUCUCCUUUAUUGACAGACAGCGACUUUUAUGGCAAGCCUAUGGUAAUGCUUCUUGGUCAAUACUCAACAGGGAAAACAACAUUUAUAAAACAUAUACUUAAAUGCAAUUACCCAGGAGCCCACAUUGGACCCGAGCCAACAACCGAUAGAUUUAUUGUGGUUAUGAAUGGGCCGGAUGAAAGAACCAUACCUGGGAACACUGUUGCAGUACGACCAGAUAUGCCAUUUGCUGGUCUCUCAACAUUUGGAGGAGCAUUUUUAUCAAAAUUCGAGUGUUCCGAAAUGCCUCAUUCUCUUCUGGAUCAUAUAUCAUUGGUUGAUAGUCCUGGUGUUUUAUCGGGAGAGAAGCAACGCACACAAAGAAGUUAUGAUUUUACUGGCGUUAUAAAGUGGUUUGCAGAAAAAUGUGAUCUUAUUCUCCUUCUUUUUGACCCUCAUAAACUUGAUAUAAGCGAUGAAUUCAAGCGUGUCAUUACAUCUUUAAAUGGUCAAAAUGACAAGAUCCGUGUGGUCCUUAACAAAGCUGACCAAGUUGAUACACAAAAAUUGAUGAGAGUUUAUGGUGCGUUGAUGUGGUCACUAGGGAAAUUUUUGAACACACCAGAAGUCGCACGUGUUUAUAUCGGAUCGUUUAAUGAUAAACCACUUAAGGAAGGAGUAGUGGAUGCCAUGAUCAAGGAACUUUUUGAGAAAGAACAGGAUGACCUUCUUUUAGACUUAAUAGACAUUCCCAAGAAAGCUUGUGAUCGAAGGAUCAAUGAGUUUGUUAAACGUGCCCGAGCUGCAAAGAUACAUGCGUAUAUAAUCGGCCAUUUGAAAAAAGAGAUGCCUUCCAUGUUGGGUAAAACCAAAGCUCAACAAAAACUCAUAGAUAAUCUUCAGGAUGAAUUUGCAAAGAUUGAAAAGGAAUACCAUGUGCCCCCUGGCGAUUUUCCAGAUAUUGAACAGUUUAAGGAAGUUCUUGCUACGUAUAAUAUCGAUAAGUUUGAGAAAGUGAAGCCCAAAUUGAUUCACGCUGUUGAUGAAAUGAUUGCAAAUGAUAUUCCUGAACUCUUGCAAAACUUUAGAAAUCCUUAUGAUUAAAACCAAGUUUCAUUUUUAAAAUCAAAUCUGUAACAUUUUCAGUAACCACAUCAAUCAAAGUUUAUGUUGUAAAUUG